UCCUGUAGGCGAGUGUCGCAUGUAAAGCAGAGAGCGGUGUUUGUGCGCGUCGCUCCGUGUCGAGAGGAAGGCAUCAUGGCGGUCAGCGGUCGGGCAGUGGCGCGGAUUCUGGGCUUCGUGGCCACAGUGCUGACAUCAGGAAGUGCAGAAGUCUUUUCGAAAGUUCCGUUGAUUGAACUGCAACGCCUGAGCAACGCCAUGCAAACAACAGACAGCUCGGGCAACAUCACUGCAACUGCGACCUUCAAUACCCAUGAUAUAACACUCGUAGCUAAGAAUCAUGAGAAUGCUACGGUGACUUUGUUUUUGAGCGGCGAACUGGAGGAAUGCGUGAACUUCACCUUCACUUACGACCCCAACGACCCGACCAUCAAACCACUGGACAAUUUCACGCUCUGCCCACACGACGGAGGCUCAGACGGGGAGGCUCCUUCUCGGAACCCGCUGCCGAUGAACCUCACGCUCGAAGUCGCAAGUCGUCGCGUUGGGAAGACGGUCGUCGGGUUGAAGGCUGACCCGGCGGUGGUCGAUGUAACAGACGCGUACGUACGAGUUUCUGUGAUCCAUGACCCCAUCUUAAACGUGAUUAGUGACGUGUUCGGCUGGACUUACUCAAUCAUCUGGGAUAUUUCUUUCUUGCCUCAAGUGUGGCUGAACUGGAACAGAAAAAGCGUGGUGGGUUUCAGCUUGGACAACGUGACUCUUAACAUUCUGGCCUACCUGUGUUACUCGCUCUUCAAUGUUGCAUUCUUCGCCGUGCCUUAUAUACAGAACCAAUUCCACGCCAGGUACCCGAGACAAGUGAACCACGUUCGACCCAACGACGUUUUCUUUGCCACCUACGCCCUCUUCAUCGAAAUCGUCCUGGGUAUUCAGUGCUUGAUUUACUACAGAGAACCGGGCCAGGUGGUCUCGAAAACAUGUUGGGUCCUUGUGGCGGGGUCUCUUCUCUCCAUAGUGGUCGCCUGUGUUCUCGCCGCAGAAAACAUCAUAUGGUGGCUUGAUGUUUUCUACCUCAUGUCUUACCUGAAGCUGGGCAUCACGCCGCUGAAGUACAUUCCUCAGCUGUAUGUGAAUUACCGGCACAGGAGCACAGCAGGCUUCAGCAUGGUUGGGUUGCUGAUGGAUUUCACGGGCGGCGUCUUGUCCCUGGCUCAGAUGUUUAUGUUGUCGGGUAACAAUGAUGACUGGGUCUCCGUCUUCAACAACUUCAGCAAGUUUGGUCUCGGAGUUAUAACAAUUCUCUUCGACCUGAUGUUCUUCUUGCAACAUUAUUACUUCCAUCUGCGUAAACCUUCUCUACUUCUUUGAAUAAUUUGCAAUUAUAGUUGUUUCAGUUGUUAUAGUUUGCUUCUCGUUACAUCCACUGUCAACUCCAACAUGUUUUUAUUUAUUCUGAUUCAAAGAUGGUCAGAUAUGCUCUUUAAAAAUCGGCGGUGUCGGUUUACCAGUUCAAUAUAGGGUAUUUGAAAUCACGUAAUCAGACUAUCAAAUCAUAAAAAAAUAAGUAAAUAACUACUGUAACCUGGUGUGUACGUGUGUGCGUGCGUGCGUGCGUGUAUGUGUGUGUGUGUGUGUGUUUGUGUGUGUGUGUGUGUGUGUGU